CAUGAAAGCAGCCGUACCCACCAUGGCCUUGAGUAAUGGACAUGGUUGCUCAAGCCCCUGCACUCACUGGCAGAGGCCUCACCACCACUCUGGUUCAUCUUUCACCUAUCGUACUCCAUCUUUCUCCACUUGUAGGUGAUGAUAAGUAUGGGCGGAAGAUCAUUGUUUUUAGUGCCUGUCGAAUGCCCCCUAGCCACCAGCUGGACCAUAGCAAGCUCUUGGGGUACUUGAAACACACACUGGACCAGUAUGUGGAGAGUGACUACACACUUCUGUACCUGCACCAUGGCCUGACCAGUGACAACAAGCCCUCCCUCAGCUGGCUACGGGAUGCCUACCGGGAGUUUGACCGCAAGUACAAGAAGAACAUCAAGGCGUUGUACAUCGUGCACCCAACCAUGUUCAUCAAAACCCUGCUCAUCCUCUUCAAGCCCCUCAUCAGUUUCAAGUUUGGACGGAAGAUCUUCUACGUGAAUUACCUGAGUGAGCUGAGUGAGCAUGUGAAGCUGGAGCAGUUGGGGAUCCCUCGCCAAGUGCUCAAGUAUGACGACUUCCUCAAAUCCACACAGAAGAGCCCUGCAACGGCUCCCAAGCCCAUGCCGCCACGCCCGCCCCUGCCAAAUCAGCAGUUUGGGGUCUCAUUGCAGCACCUCCAAGAGAAGUACCCAGCCCAGGAGCCCAUUCCUGUUGUGCUCAGGGAGACAGUUGCCUACUUGCAGGCUCACGCUCUCACCACUGAAGGCAUCUUUCGGAGGUCGGCCAACACCCAGGUUGUACGGGAAGUGCAGCAGAAAUACAACAUGGGGCUGCCGGUGGACUUUGACCAGUACAAUGACCUGCACCUGCCAGCAGUCAUCCUCAAGACCUUCCUUCGGGAGCUUCCUGAACCCUUGCUAACCUUUGACCUCUACCCCCACGUUGUGGGCUUCCUAAAUAUUGAUGAAAACCAGAGAGUGGAGAUGACACAGCAGGUUCUCCGAACUCUGCCAGAGGAAAACUAUCAGGUGCUUCGUUUCCUGACUGCCUUCCUGGUGCAGGUAUCUGCCCACUGUGACCAGAACAAGAUGACCAACACCAACCUAGCUGUAGUCUUCGGUCCUAACCUGCUGUGGGCCAAAGAUGCUGCCAUCACACUCAAGGCCAUUAACCCCAUCAACACCUUCACUAAAUUCCUCUUGGAUCAUCAAGGGGAAUUGUUCCCCAGCACAGAUGCCCAGGGGGUCUGAGCUCAGCCCCCACCUCCAGCCCCUUCUCUGGCAGCCCCAGCUGGACUUGUCAUCCUGCCAUAACCUUAUUGGAAUCCGGGGCUUCUGCUAGGAAGGGGCCCUGAAGCCCAGGAAUGAAAGUUGGAACCCAUUAACUGGGCAGCCCCUCCUCUCCCUCUGUCCAGCUCACAUCACGGCCCUGGAGGCCUCUGUUACUGGGACAUUUUCUCUGCCUUACACCUCUCACUGCCUCUCUGGGUGCUGGGCUUUCCUGAACUGGGCUUGGCUCUUCUAGGAUAGAGCCCCAGUAAACCCUUUCCUUUCCCCUGCUGAUUUCCCUGGCAACUGUAGAAGACUAAAUUACUACCGGCUGUGCUGGUAGCUGGGGCUGGUCCUCUCCUUUGGAUUGCUAGGAAGUAAGUGUUGGCCCAAGAGCAAGUUCCCUGUGCCUGCUCUCCCUACUAAUAGGGAUGACAAGACCAGCUUGUCACUUCUGCCUCCUAAGUCUCUUCCUUCCCAAGUGGUACUGCCCCGAGAGUGUCCCAUUUCCCCAUUUCUGCCACACUUGGCAUCUUGGAUAAUAAGACGCCGAAUCUGAGCAUCUGUUGAAAUAGUCUUGUCCACUCCCAGUGUCCAGUAGGAUCAGCGACCGCAGUCCCAGGCCUCCAUGCCUUCUUUCCCUUCUUUAGCCAAUGGCUAUGAUGAGUCUUUGUGGAGUGCAGUCACUCUGUUCCCUGUUCUGGCCAGAAAUUCCAGUGCCUCAGGAACCAAGGUGGCUCUCACCCCCUGCCUGG